AUGAGUCAACAAAUCUUACCGGAUUGCAUUCUUCUCAUACAUCAUUUGUGCAUUAACGGGAAAAAAGUCUCACCUGUGAUGCUGGGUCCAGCCUACAACCACACAAUGGAAACCCCUGCCUCCUUCCUCCUUGUGGGUAUCCCAGGACUGCAAUCUUCACAUCUUUGGCUGGCUAUCUCACUGAGUGCCAUGUACAUCAUAGCCCUGUUAGGAAACACCCUCAUCGUGACUGCAAUCUGGAUGGAUUCCACUCUGCAUGAGCCCAUGUAUUGCUUUCUGUGUGUUCUGGCUGCUGUGGACAUUGUUAUGGCCUCCUCAGUGGUACCCAAGAUGGUGAACAUCUUCUGCUCAGGAGAAAGCUCCAUCAGCUUUAAUGCUUGUUUCAUUCAGAUGUUUUUUGUCCACUUAGCCACAGCUGUGGAGACGGGGCUGCUGCUGACCAUGGCUUUUGACCGCUAUGUAGCCAUCUGCAAGCCUCUACACUACAAGAGGAUUCUCACGCCUCAAGUAAUGCUGGGAAUGAGUAUGGCCAUCACCAUCAGAGCUGUCACAUUCAUGACUCCACUGAGUUGGAUGGUGAGUCAUCUACCUUUCUGUGGCUCCAAUGUGGUUCUCCACUCUUACUGUGAGCACAUAGCUUUGGCCAGGUUAGCAUGUGCUGACCCUGUGCCCAGCAGUCUCUACAGUCUGAUUGGUUCCUCUAUUAUGGUGGGCUCUGAUGUGGCCUUCAUUGCUGCCUCCUAUAUCUUAAUUCUCAGGGCAGUAUUUGGUCUCUUCAAGACUGCUCAGUUGAAAGCAUUAAGCACAUGUGGCUCCCAUGUGGGGGUUAUGGCUUUGUACUAUCUACCUGGGAUGGCAUCCAUCUAUGCGGCCUGGUUGGGGCAGGAUGUAGUGCCCUUGCACACCCAAGUGCUGCUAGCUGACCUGUACGUGAUCAUCCCAGCCACCUUAAAUCCCAUCAUCUAUGGCAUGAGGACCAAACAAUUGCCGGAGAGAAUAUGGAGUUAUCUGAUGCACGUCCUCUUUGACCAUUCCAACCUGGGCUCAUGA